AUGUCAAGAGAGACAAGCCGGUCACCGGGAAGCGAAACGCGGGUCCUCGUCGAUGAUAUUAAUACUGGGGGUGAUGUUGGUCUGUUGUCGUUCUCCACACCGAUGACAUCCUCGGUCCCACCGAUCGACGUAGACAUUGAAGAAAAUGAACGCGAGAAGGAGAAGAAGUGGAGUCGAAAAUCGCUUGAUGAACAUAAACCAAAAAGAAGGGAUACGACAACUCCAUUCACAAAUUUUCUUCAUCGUUUCACUCGAUCUGAAGAUAAGAAAGAGGACAAGCAGAAAAAUACAAUAAGCGAAGAAGAUGCGUUGGAUCGCCCGGAUAAACUCUUAGUCCCAGACUCAGAAGAAAAAUGGUUUGAAAUGAAGACUAUGGAUGGAGGAUUUCGCACAGCCUUAGAAAUCGGACAUGAAGCAGGCGCUCCAGUUUACGAGUGGAAGAUGGAUUCACUUGAGGAAUCGCUACUGACAGAGUUCCAACCUGCGCACAAAGAGCUUCUGAGAGUGGAGCAUAGCGAUCCCGAUCUUGAUGAUCUUGAACGGUCUAUGUUAAAACUUCUUGAAGAAUUUCGAAGCGGUCAAAUGCGUGCACUCACUGAUGAUCAAAUGGAGAGCAUGCGCGCAAUGAAGAAAGAGCACGAGGAUGUCACUAAUCUUCACCUAGCACUCUAUAAUCUAGACAAAACUGGUUGCGAGAAAAGCGAAGACGAGCUCGAUGUGAUGUAUGAUGAGCUCAGUCAAAAAUUACUAUGUAUGCAUGAUUGUAUGCCUGCUUUCGUACAUGGAGACUAA